GCAUGGAAUACUUCAGUGGCAGCACUCCAGGAAAGCUACUUGUUCUACAAAAGGGAUUCAGCAGCUCUGAAAGCUGCACAUCUGCAGAAGUUGUUGUUGCUGUUGAUGUGAACACUCUUGCCAAUGAAGUUUAUAAGCACAACUUUCCCGGCACGCCAUUAUGGGCAAAGACAAUUGAGGGCAUAACACUGAAAGAAUUUGACAGAUUAUCUUUUGAUAUGAUUUUGAUGAGUCCUCCCUGUCAGCCAUUUACAAGAAUUGGCCUGCAAGGUGAUGUGUCUGAUCCACGGACAAAGAGCUUUCUCUAUAUCCUUGAUAUUCUCCCACGGCUCCAGAAGCUUCCAAAAUACCUACUUUUAGAAAAUGUUAAAGGAUUUGAAUCCUCUUCUGCGAGAAAUGAACUUUUGCGAACACUAGAAAGAUGUGGAUUUAAAUAUCAAGAAUUUCUUUUGUCUCCAACCUGUCUUGGCAUUCCCAAUUCUAGGCUGCGAUAUUUUCUAAUUGCAAAGCUUCACCAAGAACCAUUUCCCUUUCAAGCUCCUGGUCAGAUAUUGACAAGAUUCCCAGAUCAGGAUCUAGAAGACUUAUUCAAGGACAAAGUCACUGACAAAGUGGGUGAAGCUGGUUCUUCCUUGUCUUCUGAGGAGAAGAAUCUGGAUCCAAACAUUGGUCCUGAUUGCAGCAGCAAGAAGAAUUUACCAAAAGGGGCCUUUCUUUUUAAGCUUGAAACAGUAGAAGAAAUUGAAAGGAAACAUGGUCAGGACAAUGAUUCCUCUAUUCAAAUGCUAAAAGAUUUCUUGGAAGAGGAAAAUGAAGAAAUGAGUCAGUAUUUCUUACCACCGAAGUCCUUAUUGCGCUAUGCUUUCUUGUUAGACAUUGUUAAGCCCACCUGCCGGAGAUCCACAUGCUUUACAAAAGGGUACGGACACUAUGUAGAAGGGACAGGCUCAGUUCUGCAGACAGCAGUAGAUGUACAGCUUGAAUCAGUGUUUAAAUGCAUUGGGGAGUUACCAGAAAAAGAGAAGCUUAUGAAAUUGUCAACACUAAAACUGAGGUACUUUACCCCAAGAGAAAUAGCAAAUCUUCAUGGAUUCCCUCUGGAAUUUGGCUUUCCUGACAAAGUAACAAUAAAGCAAUGCUACCGUCUUCUGGGAAACAGCCUCAAUGUACAUGUGGUGGCAAAAUUGAUCUCCAUUCUGCUUGGAUAAUUUAGAACCUGAAUCUGAUGAGUACGGACUGGUGACAGAAAAUACUUCCAUCUUUCAAGAGAAAGCUGGUGGCAGCUGAACAAAAAUCGUAGCUUACCAAAAUAUCUGUCCAGACAUUUUGCUGAACGGUUCUGAUAUAUUUUUAAUACCUUGCUUUUAUGGUGGAUUUGCACUGUAGAGGUGUUUUAUUUAAAUGGAAGUUUCCAGACUUAAUUGCUGUAUUUAAAUGUCCUUUUUAGUUUGCAAAAUGAGAAAGAGCAGCAUUUACAUAUACCUCAAUGAAAAUGGAUAAGACUAUUUUAUUUUAUAUUAAAACUAUCUUCUCAGUACGGUAUAAAAAGGCUGUAAAUGUCAAAGCUGUUUUAAUUAAGUGCAGAGACCAAGUUCUACAUAUAAAAUGUCUUCAUCUGUAAAUAUCAGUCAUCCAUUCUUAAAAGAUUUAUUGUAUAUACGGUCUGAAAUUUUGAUGUGGUUUUUUGUAGCUAAUAAAAUAUUAAAUUCAGUAUUUUGUAUACCAUUUUUAAGAAGGCAGAGUGUCAUCCUUAGUUUAUGGUUGUCUCAUCGUCUCUAAAUACUUGUAGGUUUCAUGGAACCCAACUGUAUCUGUCUGGAAUGAUUUGUUUAGGUGCAGCUCAAUAAAAAUAUUUCAAGAUUAUCACAA